GAAUCAAAGAUUUUUUUUUAAAGUAUAAUAUAUAAAAAAUAUUUCAUAUUUGUGUGAAUAAUAUUGUGUGUGUUAGUAUCUAAGAACGAAAAAAAUAAUUCUUAUACAUAUGAACUGUUCGAACUCAAUACAAGCACAUAUCCAUUAGUAAUUGAGUAUUAAAAUAUUUACAAGAUAUCUUCAAAAUCAAAAACUGUUUUCUAGUAAGACUGCUACUGCAUAUGGGAUGUAGUAUUGAAUAUAAACUGAAUCUUCGAAUAUAUUAAGCGAGAGAUAAAAGCUGCAACUACAAAAGCCAUCAAAUUAAGGACAUAGUACAAGAUACUCAAUAAAUAGCACGUUGUAGCGCUAACGUCUUAAAUAGUAAUCUGCAAUAUGCGACAACAACUUGGAAUACUUCUAACGACAUUAAUUAUCUUUGGGCUAAUGGAAUUGACGCCAGCGGAUGUAGAUCUACGUGGUACAUUGCAAUCCUUAGUAUAUUCAUACAAUCAGUUGGACAACAAAUUGGAACGACACGAACACCGUGAUCGUGCUGCCAGUGAUAUUCUGAAGAGAGGAAUUCAAACUCUGCUGAAGGGUCAAAAAGAUUUAGAACCUAUUAAUGGCAUAUUCAGCCGUUUAGAUGAACGAGUUAGUCAGAUUGAAACACUACUAAUAACUCAAGAAGAAAAAUACAAUGCACAAACUCAGAAACUUAGUGAAGCACUGGAACAUAUGUUUAAGUGGAUGCGGGAAAAUGAUGAAUGUUAUAAACGACCACCAGUACCACUAAACGCUGUCCAACCAACAAGCCCUACUCUAGAAGAAAAAUACAAUGCACAAACUCAGAAGCUUAAUGAAGCACUGGAACACAUGUUUAAGUGGAUGCGGGAAAAUAGUGAAUGUUAUAAACGACCGCCAGUUGUACCGGUUGUACCAACCAAUACAAAAUUAUCUGACGAUUUCAUUAAAAAACAAGAAGCAAUAAAUUCAGAAAUGCUAGCACAAAUUAAAAAGCUUACCGAUAAUGUGGAGCGUUUGUUAGAUAAUUCAAAGAACAUGAUGGAACACACUGAAGUUGCCUUUAGAAGCGUUCCUUCCACUGCAGAAAUGCUGACAAAAAUUGAAGACAAAUUAAUUAGUUACAGUGUAGCACCAGUUACGCCUAUUAUAGAGCCCAUAGAUAACAAAGAGUUCGAAAACAAGGUUAUCGAAAAACUGAGUGACUUGGCCACUGGAAUCGCCGAUUUACAAACGUUACCAACGCCACAGGAGGCAUUAACACAGGCUGAUAAAGAUUUCAUACAUGGUUUGAAUAACGAAACAUUAAAUGCGCUUGAACAUAUCAAAGUUAACACCCUUAGUGCAUCAGAUGAAGCCCUUGCUAAAACGACUUCCCGUAUCAAGGAAACAGAAGAACAUUUGGAAAAUAAUAUGAACAAAGUAUUUGAUGCGACAACGCAGUCAUCAAGCUUGCUUGAGAAGUUCUACAAUGAAAUUAACGGUAGUUGUAGUAAACUUAAUGAUGGUCUGGAAAUAUUCCAAAAAUUCAAUAACAUACUGAUGACUACUUCUGAAUAUGUGCUGGACACACAACGCAAAGUGGACUUUGGUACAGUGCAAAUAGUACAAAAACUUAGCAAUAUAUUGGAUAAACAGCGUGAAGAGAUGGUUGUCUUUAUGACAGAACGAUUUGAUAAUGUAGAUGAAAGUAUCGUUAGUAAUCAUUUUGAGGCAUUUCAAAAUCUAAGUGCACUGGUGGAGUCCGAAAUUAGUCAUGUCUGGCGACAAAUUUCGCUAAUGCACACUGAAAUCACAGACAGUAAGGAUUUAUUAGGUUUAAUGAAUGGCAGAAAUGAAAUAUACUUGAAUAGUACUUUUAUUAGUAUGGAUGCUAUGAACAAUAAAGUAGCGGAGAUUAGGGCACGCAUGUUAGACAUGGACUCCAACUUAAACUUUUUAUUAGGAAAAUUGUCUAUCAUGUCACAAGAAUUUGGCAAUAUUAAAAAUGGUUUAGCAGAAUCUCUUGAAGAAUUGCGCAAUUCUUUUCACACGAUGCAGGAAAAGAUGCCACCACAUGGACCGGGUCCACAUGACAUAGCAAAAAAUGAAUAUGAAACGGAAGUGAAUUUACUGCAGAAACGACAAACUGCAGAGUAAAUAUAUUAAGAGAGAUAAAAGUUUGUAAUAUGGAUUAAAGAAAGCUAAUGACUAAAUAAAAGAAAUAAAAGAAAAUCGGAUAUUAGGACAGUUUUUAUAUUUCGUUUACUACCACACUGCAGUGAAGAUAGCAAAUGUAACUUAAGCAUGAUUUUAUUUGAGAUAUUUUUUUUUAAUAUAGAAUUAAAGAGUGUAGGUUUUUAUGAGAGUUCUUAGUGUUUGUUUAAAUUUAAAAUUAUUAUAAAAUUUUUCAAUGAUUGCUCACAUGUACUCGUCCCUAUUUUAAAUGUUACAACUAUACUAGUAUGCAUUUAGAACAUAUACUUACAAAUAUAUACCGGUUGGUAUAUUUCACUAAUUGCUUACAACUCAACUUACCGGUUUACUAUGUUUUAAUAUGCGAAAUUUAGUAUAAGUCACUUAAUAUUUAAUAUCAAAUG